UGUCCGCAGCGGCCCCGCCGAGCGUCCGCAGCGCCGCGGGCAGGGCCGGGCACGGCCAGGGGCGAAGGCGCUGCCGCCCGAGGGGCCGGGAGCGGUGGAGCAGCAGCGAGGAGCCGCGGACGGAGGAGUCCCCGGGGAGCGGCUCCCUCCUCAUCGCGUGUUCUUCCCGGCCCCGGGCAGCGGCGGGGAAGGUGACCCGGGAAGAUGGUGACCGUGGUGACGAAGCUGGUGCACUACCUGCACCUGAGCCGUCGGUCUGGACAGUAUACAAUGAACCAUGACCAUUCCAAGAAGAUCCCCGAUGGAGCAUCGUUUGACCGCUCAGAAUCCCAGGACUCCUUGGAUGAGUUGUCUAUGGAUGACUACUGGAAAGAACUUGAAAACAUCCAUGAAACCAGAGGAAAUAAUCACGAGGAACGAGUAGCGCUUGUAGUGAAAGAGCCAGAUGAGGGAGAACUGGAAGAGGAAUGGCUGAAGGAGGCAGGUUUGUCAGAUCUGUUUGGAGAGAGCUCUGGCGACUCCCUAGAAAGCAUGGUGUUUUUAUCCACACUGACCCGAACCCAGAAAGCUGCCGUGGAAAAGCGAGUGGAGACCGUCACACAAACUAUGAGGAAAAGAAACAAACAGCACCAGAUUCCUGAUGUCAGAGAUAUCUUCAGGCUACAGAAUGACUCAAAGGGAAAAGUCUGUGAUGGAAGUGAACCUUCAACUGUGAGAACAAGUGAAAACAAAAAUGAAACACAUGAUGGAACAAAAGGUCCAAAUUUCAGUCUUGGAACAGAUGAGCCGAAGAGCCUGCUUGAAGACAUGCCAUCUUCAGACACUGACAUCAAUUUGGAAAUAUCAUUUGCAGAACAGGCAGCUAAUCUGAAGGACAGCUCUGUAGGCAAAAUGUACAAAGGUGGAGGGGGUGACACUCUUCUACCGAAUUUCAGACUGCCGAAGGACAAAACAGGUACCACAAAGAUUGGUGACCUAGCCCCUCAGGACAUGAAGAAAGUCUAUUCUUUAGCACUGAUUGAAUUAACUGCUCUCUAUGACAUACUUGGGACAGAAUUCAAACAGCAAAAAGCUGUAAAAAUCAAAACCAAAGACUCUGGCUUGUUUGGUGUCCCCCUGUCACUUUUACUGGAACAGGAUCAGAAGAAGGUCCCAGGAACCAAGAUCCCACUGAUUUUUCAGAAGCUGAUUGCCCAGAUAGAAGAGACUACUCUGGAAACAGAGGGACUUCUUAGAAUACCUGGAGUUGCAACAAGAGUAAAGGGUCUUUGCCAAGAACUGGAAGCAAAAUUUUAUGAAGGGACUUUCAACUGGGAAAAUGUGAAGCAACAUGAUGCAGCAAGUCUUUUAAAACUCUUCAUCCGUGAACUGCCUCAGCCACUCCUCACUGUAGAAUAUCUCAAAGCAUUCCAAGAUGUGCAGAAUCUCCCAACGAGGAAACAGCAACUGCAAGCUUUGAAUCUUUUGGUUAUCCUUCUACCUGAAGCAAACAGAGACACUCUGAAGGUACUGCUUGAAUUCCUCCAAAGGGUAAUUGAUCACCGAGACAAAAAUAAGAUGACGCUGAAGAAUGUUGCGAUGGUGAUGGCCCCAAACCUUUUCACGUUUCAUGGGUUUGGCUCAAAGACUAUUGAACAACGCGAGUUUGUCAUGGCAGCUGGGACAGCAAACGUCAUGCGCUUUAUGAUUCAGUACCAAAAACUUCUCUGGACAAUUCCGAAGUUUAUUGUUAACCAAGUGAGAAAACAAAACACUGAAAGCCAGAAGAAGGAGAAAAAGGACAAAGCUAUGAAGAAACUUCUAAAAAAGAUGGCAUAUGACCGGGAAAAGCAUGAGAAACAGGAGAAGACUCCUAAUGAUACUGAUGUUCCUCAGGGAGUGAUACGGGUGCAGGCGCCUCAUCUUUCCAAAGUUUCCAUGGCAAUACAGCUGACAGAAGAGCUGAAAGCCGGUGAUAUAGUAGCCAGGUUUCUCAGCCAGAAAAGUGGAAAUGUCCAAACACUCAAGAAAGAAGAGGUCUUUCUUUAUGAAAUAGGAGGAAAUAUUGGAGAACGCUGCCUUGAUGAUGAUACCUACAUGAAGGACCUAUACCAGCUCAACCCAAAUGCUGAGUGGGUUAUAAAACCUAAGCAGAGCUAAGAUCACAGCUAAUGGCAAAACCUCCAACCUGUGGACUUACGUUGUACGGCUGAAUGUUUCAAAGGGAGAGUGUGUCCUCUCAACAUUCAGCCGCUGUGUAUAUUAAUAGAACUUUAUCCAGUUUAAAAAAAAAAAAAGGCGAUAGUGACCCAACAGUUGUAACAAGCAAACUUUCAGUUUUACUUGCAGCAAAAUUUUGGAGAUAGCACAAUUUUCCUACUCAUGUUUGAAACGAGCAUAAGUACCUUAUAUAUUUUAUAUAUAAGUACCUUAAAUAUUUUAAUGGCACUAAGCUACCUCCCAUCUGGUAGGUCUUGUUUAAGAAUUUAUUUUUCAAGCAGGUGUUUAAACUCUUUGCAUUAGAGACCUACAAACUCUUUGUGUAGCAUUUUGUGUUCAUAUAGGUCUUUUCAGUGCUAAUACAAUAGAGAACCAAAUCCUGAUCAGCACUUCUGAAUGGUACAGUAUUAAAAAUACCUGACUGAGUCAUACAAAUUUCCCAAAUAAGUGUGAAUUUCACUGGAAAAAACUGCAAUGCAAUGUAUUUUGUCUUUGAAAGUCCUAAUUUAAAGUUUGAUGAAAACUAUUUAAAAACAACUGUGAAGAUGCUUUCUAUGCAGCUUUUUUGCUAGGUCUUUUAAGUAAUUUUAUUUUUACUCCAGUUGAUUGUGCUCUUGAGAUUAUUACAAAACAAAAGAAAGAAAAAAAAAAACAAAGAAAGGAUCACAUGAUAAGGUGAGUGUUUUUAAAGCUCACUACUCUUGGCAUUGUCCUUUCUGGCAUAUUGUCAUGCACUAGAAAAACCUUUUAGGUAUUUCAGCAGUGAUUGCAGCCAUGUUACAUACCCCGAUUUCAGGUUUUUUGGACUUCUGAUAGAUUGACUUUUAUGAACUGCCAAAACUUUUAAGUUACUAGCAUAAUAAAAAUUUUCAGGAAAAAUAAAAUAACUGUGGAAGGAAACUGUAGUCUCAAUUUCAUAGGUAGCAAACCAUUAAACCUUUCACUCAAAACCGAUGUAAGGGUCUGCUGUGGGUAUUACUUACCAUUGGCUAUAUAUCUAGUAUAUCCUGGACAAGGUUAGAAAUCAAGUUCUGAUUGCACUGAUGCUGAUAGGUGCUGUCUAAACCACUUCAAAAAUUAGUGCUCCAGCAGAGAGCUAUUGCAAAUUCAUCCCUUUUCAGGAAAGGACUGAAAGCUCCCCAUGGAAUUCACUGAUAAUGAAUUGUAGACUGAGGAGGCUUGUUGCAACACAAAGAGCUGUGGCCUGAAGCUCCAGAGCCCCAGUUCCACAGCAACACUUUGGGCUCACUAGCUUGUGUACCACUUCACAAUUUAUUUGUAAACUAGCUCAGCUGUGCUCAAGUGCUUUCACCUGCGUGCUGACUACCUGAAGUAACUACUGUGAAAUUGUAUCCUUGGAAUGAAAUACUUUCUCUCAGUGCACACAGAGAUUUAUAUUGACCUCAUAGGGAGUAUUCUACUUGCAAUCAAGGACUGAAUUACAUUUUUUUACAUGAUCAAAGCUGAUUAAAGGAAUAAAGGACCUUUCUGCUGAGCUUUGGAUGUGAGCCCUGUGUUGACAGAGUAACCACUGGAACUCUCCCUUUUAUGUACAAGCAGUGAAAUAGAACUCUGAAAGGUCAUAGAUAAAUUAGACAUCUGCUGAUUAGUUUUCCACAGCAUAUGAACAAUUUUGGGGCCAUGUAUAUUUAUUGUUUCUUAAAGUCUGUCUUCAUAUGAAGAGGAAGCACUGCACUGGUUGGUUCUGAAAAGCAGGAUGAGUAAAAGAGGAAAUUGCUCUAAUGUGACUGUACUGCCCUCGAUGCUCCAUCUAGCUGGGCGUUCCCACGUGGUAUAGCACUGUGCCACUAUGGGCAAAUCCUCGUAAGGCAAAUUACUUUUGUCUGUAGAGCAAACUCCCUGUUCUUCAAAUGGAAGGAAUAGAGUAGCAAAGCAGUACAAUGCUUAGGUGAACAUUUAUGAACCUAGUGUAAUAAAUAUAAAGGGGUUUUUUUGACAUGUA